CCCAAUCUGUAGCUUGUCUUUUCAUCCUCUUAAUAGGAUCUUUUGCAGAGCAAAAGAUUUAACAUUUGAUGAAGUCCAAUGAUUCAAUAAUUUCUUCUUAUGAGUUGUGCUUUUGGUGUCAUCUAACAACACUUCACCUAUCCCUGGAUACUAAAGAUUUUCUAAUAGUUUUAUACUUUCAUUUUAAUCAUUUAAGUCUGUGAUCCAUGUUUAGUUUCUUCAGCACUAUUUGUUGAAAAAGGCUGUCUUUUCUUCUUUUCUCCAUUGAAGUGCUCUUAUAGUUUCGAAAAAAAAUCACCUGGGUUUGUUUGUGUGUAUCUAUUCCUGGGCUCUUUACUCUGUUCCACUGAUAUGGGUGUCUCUUUUUUCAUUAAUAACAUACUGUCUUGAUUACUGUAGCUAUAUGGUAAGCCUUAAUAUUAAGUAGACAGAUUCUUCUUCCCACUUUAUUCUUUUUUCUCAAGGUAGUUUUAGGUAUUCUAGUGCCCAUUUUAUAUAAAUUUUAUAAUUAGUUUGUGUCAAUAAGUCCUUGCUGGAAUUUUAAUUGGAAUUAAUCAAACCUACAGAUCAAUUUGGGAGAAUUGACGUAUUUUCUAUGUAGAGUCUUCCAAUGCAUGAGCAUGGUGUAGCACUCCAUUAUUUAGGUUUUUCUACCCAGAAUAGUCUCUUUUGUGUUUUCCUUGUUUUGGUGUCAGAUGAGACUACAUACAGUAAUCUGAAUUUCAAAGUUUAGGCUUGCUGAGAAUGAUUAAAUUCAUUACUAUUCAUUCACUAUUUAUUUACUUAUUCAUUCAUUCAUUCAUUCACAAUGCAGAUAUAUUUAUCUUGCUCCAUUGCAAUUGAUAGAUACCAUUUUAUUUGCAGUAUUAAUAUUGAUUUUAAAAGUUAUAACCCUAUAAACAAAUGAGAAAUUGUACUAAGGAAAGGACAUUAAUGUUGUACACUAAGGAAUUUUUGUAAUGAUAUUUACUGUAAAGAUUUCUGUCUUUGGUACUAAAUAAAUAUGAUGGGAUGAGGGAGGGAUUCCUGACUAAAGGAAUAGGAUUUAGCAGAGGGAGGGUAUAAUCUUUGAAAAUUUUCUUAUUUGGCAAUUUUAACCCCAGUAUCAAGAGAAAGAGAGGGUAUGAAGAGAGUCAACUUAGGAGGUAGGACUAAGUGAUUACAUAUUUAGGAAAGAGUAGAAAUAAAAGGGCUGUACUGGAGAUAUCCCAUUAAUGGAGUAAUGCAAACAUUUAGGUAAGUUUUUAACUCUUCCUUGAAAUAGGAAUAUCAAUUUUUCUUGAGUUUUCUUGAGUCAUUUAUUCAUUCAACAAGUAUUUAUGGAGCCCCUACAGUUUUCCCUGUAUUUUGCUGGGGUCUGGCAACAUAUAGCUGUUAAAAGACAGGAUCCCAAGACCCAGCAGUUGGUCGCUCCCUUGCUCCCUUUGUGUGGUACCCGCUUCCAGUGGCCCUGAAGGUUUGUGGGCCAGGGGUGGCCCCAAAGAUUAGGAAGUGAAGGGGGAACAGGUGUUCAGGUCUAACUGCUUGGCGGCACACUUGCAGUGAGCCUUGGAAUGAGGAGGAAACUGCAAGGAUAGACCCAGGAGCAAUGGCAUCCAAAGAGAAACAAGCGGUGAAAAAUCUCAACAUAGAAAAUGCCCAGCAGGAAAAUGAAAGAGAACAGGGCCCUGUGCAGAAUGGAGAGGAAUCACUCAAUUCGAGAGGGAGUGAAAGCCAGAAGCCUGGAGGAAAUGUUAGCCUGGGGCCAAUGAGAUGACUUGUCCCUAAUUUUCAGUGGAACAUACCUAACAGGCAUAUUGAUCACAAUCAAGAGGGAGAUGGUGUAGAAAAGUUCAUACAGCAGAUGAUGGAAAUCAAGAGAAAGACUAAGGAGCAGCAAAUGAGGCAUCAUAAGUGCUUCCAAACUCCUGAACCUGAUAAUCAUGACUUUUGCCUUAUACCUUGAAUCCUAAGGUUUUCACUGAGGUUAAUAAUGUGGCCUCUGCUCUACAAGCUUGUAGUUUUGUGAUUUCAUUUUUCUGUAAACCUUUUGAUGUUUCUACUUACCAAUUUAUAAUUAAAUAUUGUUUUGUCUCAGUAUGAAACUUUCUGUCCAGUAGGGCAAUUUCACUUAAUUUUAGGAAAAACUAUCCUUUUCACAAUAUUAAAUUAAUAAAGUGGUUUAAAAGCAAAAAAAAAGUAUCCCUGAGUUCAUGGAAUUUAAAAUGUGAUAUGACAAGUAAUAUAGCAAUAACAGCAUCUAUAUAGAUUUAUUUCAGCAAGUAAAUGGCAUGAUAAAUUUAUUAUUUGAAUAGGCCUAUUUAUGGUAUUAGUAGUAAGUACAAAAAGGAAUAUCAACCUUGUAUAUCAGUUUUUAAGUUACAAGGAUAUUUCUGGUUUUACUAUUUUUUAAGGUUUUGGAUUUCUACAUGUAUUGACUUGAUUGUCAAAUUAAUUAAUUAUGACUUACAUAGGUGUUUUCUGACCAUCAGUACACAGCAUUUUAAGUAUAUUUAGUGAAUUGGUAAUAUAUGUCAAAAGGAAAGGCAUAUACAACCUUUGAUAUGAGAAAUCGACAUUAAUAAAUGGCUGAUAAUGUUAAAAAUAUGAGUUGCAUUGUAUUUUCCUCUUUAUUCAAAAAAGAUCAGGGAGUCUAUAGAAACCUGUGUAAUGUUCAUAUUUAAAUAGAUAUCCUGGAAAGCAAAACAAGUAUGCUUCCUGACAUGUUACAGUUGAAACCCACUUUAUCUUUUUAAAAAUUUUUAAAAUGUUUAUUUAUUUUUGAUAGACAGGUGGGGAGGGGGAGACACAGAAUCUGAAGCAGGCUCCAGGUUCUGAGCUG